GAUAAAACAACAUUUUCGUUUUUCAGUUUCUCAUUUAGUAGCAUCAACAAACACAAUGCUGGCUUGCUCCUCUUCUGGCGGAAGCUCCGGAAACGGAGGUGGACAUGGAGGCAGAAACAAUGGAGGGUGUAACAAUGGAAACAACAACAACAAUAACAACCGGGGCAAAAAAUCGGGACAGUUAAAAGGAUCAAGAAAAGGCUAUAUGCGGGGGAAAGGAGGAGCCAAAAACGCCUCUUGCACGUAUAAGGGAGUCCUACAAAAGACCUGGGGCAAGUGGGUCGCCGAGAUUCGGGAGCCUAACUGCGGUUCCCGACUCUAGCUAGGUACCUUUGACACCUCUCACGAGGCCCGGAGGUUGUAGGUGAUGAGGCCAGGCUCAAUCUGCCUCACGUGACCCGGAUGCUAAUCCACCACCGCCGCCACCGUUUCAAGGACAUGUUUGAAGGCGGUGCCGCCUCCAUCUCCACCUCCACCGCCUCUCCCACGGGGUCAUCAUCGUCGUCGUCAUCACCAACUGAUCCCUUCGGUGGGGACCACAACACCAUGCCAUUUCAUUUAUAUCAGAAUGAAAACCCCAACGUGCUCUUGCUGCAUGGUUUGUUCCCUGGUGGUGGCGCCACGUCAGCAGCACCCACUUUCCCGCCGCCACCUCAGCAGCAGAUCAACUUUCCCGAUCGUGGAUCUCUACCUUGCUCCUCCGCAGGCGGCUGCGGCUCCACAGCAGCAGCAGCAGCCGGGCGUCGUCUUCCCGUACCUGGACAUCAACGUUGCACCACCGGGUGCGGAGGAGGAGAUGAUGAUGGACAUUGACAACGUGGUGGUGGCGCCGCCGGAGGAGGUUAAGGCUGAGAAGGUUUCAGAGGAGCCCGCAGUCGGAGGGAUGAACAGUGGGACUGUUUCCUUUGACUGGGCUGACCUUAACGCGCUCCCGGCAGUGGAUGAUUCCUCUCUCUGGGGACAGGCAAUGGCUGGAACCUCCUUCCAGAGGAUGAAUGACCCGGGUGUUUUUGAUGAUGAGGAGAAUUAUCCUUGGUAAUUAAUUAAAUAUUUUCAUGAUUAUUUCCAGUUAUAAUGUACAGAAUUUUUUAAAUGCCGUAAAAUGGGGAUGGGGAUUGAGGUUGGAAUGGAUUAAAAUGUCUAGUAUCUGGGGAGGUGGUUUCUGGUAUGGUG